AUGAAUUAUCAACGACCAGGGUACACUCUACCUACAGAACAAAGGGUUUCAGGGAUUGCACUACAAUUGUCAGAACCCCCAGAUCCAGGAACUGCGACACUGAUAGAAAAUGCAAGCCGUUGUCUACAUAAUCAUUCAUCUGCUGGAAGUCCAAGACGUUUGAGAAUAAUAUCAGAGGAUGUGGAAGGCUCCCAGGUUGGCCCCAGUGCAAUCGACUUCCUUCAAAAUGAAGCACCUGCCCUGAGAUCCGACGAAACACAGCAGUCUUCUCUUGAACCUCAGGAGUCAGGCGUAGUACAUAGUCUCGAACCUGACAGCUCCGAUAGUGCGUCUGAGAUGAGAGAUGUGUAUAUCGACCUUCGGGGCGUUCUUCAUAACUGUACAUUCAACCUGGGUGGUACUUCCAAUAGCGGAUCAGUGGAUCAUUCGAAACGCCCGACUGGUUCGAAAGAUGCAAACAAUACCGAGACAGGGGAUGCCGCAGAGGCUACGGGAGUGGACGUUCGUGCCACAAAGAAAUCACCAGGAGCCAGUUCUGAAGUGCUUAGCGAUGGCGAGCUCUGGUGGCAUAACCAUUUCCAGUGGUUCAAGGACCUGGGAUAUUUACUUCGUCCUCGAUAUGCCCCUGGGAUAGAUGAUGGCUCUUUCGUGACGUUGAAAGUCAUAGUGAAGUCGCGUCAUCCUUUUGAGGUUGACAUAGCACGAUAUUGUUCGUCCGAAUCCAUCUCCAGCCACCCAAACAAUCACUGCAUCCCCGUAUAUGAUGUUCUUCAAGUGCCAGAAGAUCAGGAUAAGGUGGUUAUGGUCAUGCCUCUGCUACGAAUGUACAACGAUCCGCCAUUUGAUACGUUUGGCGAAGCUGUGGAAUGCUUUAGACAGCUAUUUGAGGGUCUGCAAUUUAUACAUAAACAUCAUGUGGCCCAUCGAACAUUUCCAUUGACCAUUGAUUUCACGCGCAGAGAUUGUAUGACCCUGAAUAUCAUGGUGGAUCCGAAACCUCUCUGCAUCGAUGCGUUCCAUCCUUAUAAGCCCUUCGUGAGGCGUGAUUUCAAGGGUUAUGCAAGAUAUCGUACGCGCACUCAAAGUCCACCCAAGUACUUCUUUAUUGAUUUUGGUAUAUCUCGUCGUUAUGAUCCUGGCGAUGAAGCGCACAUGGAAGACCCCAUAUGGGGAGGCGAUAAAACAGUACCAGAAUUCCAAACGUCGGUUGAUCCUCAAAAUCCAUAUUAUACCGAUGUAUACUACCUUGGAAAUGUUAUUCGAGAAGAUUUUAUAGAGGGAAAAAUAGGAUUUGAAUUCAUGAUACCGCUCGUGACGGACAUGGUGCAAGACGAUCCAGCCAAACGACCUUCGAUGGACGAAGUGGUCGCUCGCUUCGAGGGACUUCGGAAGGAGCUCGGUACUUGGAAACUACGAUCCCGAGUGAUUGACAAGGAAGACGAUGAGACAAGUGGUUUCUUCAAUGGCUUGGCCCACUGGACGCGUCGAGUCAGUUUCGUGAUCAGAGGUGUACCCGCCGUGCCCAUGCCUACUUCAUAA